CUGGGCCUGGAGAAGUUCAUCCUGGUAGGCCACUCCAUGGGCGGUCGCAACAGCAUGGCCUUUGGCGGCAAGUACCCGGAAAAGCUGGAGAAACUUAUCAUCGUAGACGUGGGACCCGCCCUGGACAGUCGCGGCAGCAACCGCAUUUCCGAAGAGAUCCGCAACGUACCCGAAGAAUUUGAUUCCUUCGAGGACGUCUUCAACUAUCAGAAUGCCCAGAACCGCUUUUCCUCGGAAGAGGUUAUGCGGCGGCGCGUACAGUACUCCACCAAGGAACUGCCCGAUCGCAAAAUUGGCUGGAAGUACGACAUCCUCAUACGGGAACAGCGGCGCAACAACACCGUCCCACCCUCGGACGACUUGUGGCCCUCCCUGCCCAACAUCACCUGCCCCAGCCUGAUUGUCCGGGGCGUCCAUACCGACAUCCUGGCUGAGGACGUGGCGCAGCGCAUGGUGGAAACCCUGCCCAAUGUGGAGUUGGUGCAGGUUGAGCAGGCCGCCCACAUGGUAUUCGAGGACAAUCCUGCGGACUUCAUCGCAGCAGUGAAGCAGUUCCUGGGUUAA